AUGGCCGCCCUCAGCUUCUUGCGUCCGACGCAGAAUAUAUUCUCUAAUCGCGGCUUGUUCUUGCGAUACAUCGUCCUCCCUAUUGCGGUCAUCACCUUACUCUGGACGUUCACAUCCUUCGCCGUCCCAGACUGGCCGCAGGACUACUUGCACUGGGGACCCCCCGGCGAGUUGGAAGAGUGGGAUGGCCACGGCCCGCCGCCGCCGCCAUUCAUCGACGAUGGACCGCCGCCGCCACCGCCCAAACAGCAGCACGGCGCGAACCCCUCUCAGCAGUUUGUUAUCCAUGACUUCCCGCCUCCCCGGCCUAAGAGCUGGGCGCAUGCUGCUGAGCGCGUCAAGGCUGCGUUUGUGCACGGUUACGAGGGUUACGAGAAGUUCGCGCAUCCUCACGAUGAGCUGCGGCCCCUCACGGAUUCGUACGCGGACAGCUUCAACGGAUGGGGCGUUACACGCGAUGAUUCUCUAGACACCAUGCUCUUGAUGAAUCUGACGGACAUGUUCGACCGCGCGAUGCUGGGCGUGAAGGAAUUGACAUUCGAUAUGAAAGAGCACAAGAAAGCGCCGUUCUUCGAAACAACAAUCCGGCAUCUAGGAGGCUUGCUCUCUGCUUACGCCCUGUCGGGAAACCCGAUCGCAUUGGAGAAGGCCGAAGACCUCGGCACGCGGCUGUCGCCCGUAUUCAAUACGACCAGCGGUCUCGCGCUCUUCGACGUAAACACCGUCACCGGCGCUACAGGCCCGCGAUACCAAGGGGCGCUUGCAGAGAUCGCGUCAUGUCAACUUGAGUACAUGUACCUGGGCAAGGCUUCGGGCAAGGUUGAGCACUACCGUCAUGCCGACAACACCUGGGAAGCGUUGAAGCGUGCAAACCUGUCACAAACGGGCGGCAUGAUGCCGACGUACUUCAACCUCAACACCGGCCAGCCGGUCGACUCGCGCCUAUCGGUCGGCGCCAUGGCUGACUCCGGACACGAGUACCUCAUCAAGCAGUACAUCCAGACUGCCAGGACUGACAAGACGAUCCUCGAGAUGUACUUGCGCAUGACGAACCACGUUCUGACCCGUUUGAUACACCUGUCGCCCGAGCGCAAGAUCAUGUAUCCUGCGCUAACGAUGGGUAUCCCGCCUCACGACCAGGCGACCCGUGUCUUCGAACAUCUCGCUUGCUUCAUGCCCGGCCUCUUCGCGCUCGGCGUCAACCAACUCCCAUUAGACAACCUCGCAUCGAUAGGCAUCGACUUCCUCUCCCUCGCCGAUGAUCUCAACGAUCAAGGAAAGGAGGAGCUCCGGCUGCUCGCCAACUACAAGCUCAGCGACCUCCACAAGUGGGCAGCCGAGGGCAUGAGCGAGGGUUGCGCUACGCUCUACCACGACCAACCAUCCGGUCUUAGUCCUGAUGAAGUUGCUAUGGCCACAGACUCUGGCCGUUGGUUUGACGCUCUCGAGGAAUGGCGUCUCGCGGGUAGCCACGGUCCGGCUCCCGGUACAGCGCCUGUCACGCCGAUACGGCCCACCGCGGAGAAGAUUCGCCCGGACAUCAAGACGCGCGAGUACUCCCUCCGCCGCACGAACUACGAGCUUCGUCCUGAAGCUGUUGAGGCUCUGUUCUUGACAUGGCGCAUGACCCACGACGAGCGGUGGCGCUUACAUGCGUGGAAUAUCUUCGUUGCGCUUGAGCGCGAGACGAAGACGAAGAGUGGAUUUGCGUCGGCGUCGAUGGUCGACCGGAGUCCAGCGCAGCUGAAGGACUCUAUGCCUAGCUUUGUGCUUGCGGAGACCUUCAAGUACCUGUACUUGAUCUUCAUGGACGAUCUCGUGCCAUUAGACCAAUGGGUCUUCAACACGGAGGCUCAUCCGCUGCCUGUGUUCAGCUGGACAGAGAGCGAGAAGAUUCGCUUCGGUAUCCCUCCCUAG